CUUACUCCCAAACUCAAAAGAAGCACUGAAUUUAACUACAACUGAUAGCCAUAUGUUCGGCUCAGACGUAGGGCACCGUGCUUAGACCCACGCCCAAGACAAUCGGUCCCCAGUUAUAAGGGCCUGAAGGCCCGAGCGUUCCCUUAGAGCGGCAAUGGACUCUGAUAGCGACGAUGAGCGUGCGGCGGGCUACGUGCCAGUGUUGGCAGCAUCAAUGCCACGAGCUGCUGCAGCGGCGGCAGUGGCCAGCCCCGCGGCGAAGCAACCUUCCAACGUUCUACAAGAUGGUGUUUCGCUUUACACCAAUGAGCUGUUCACCGACAACAACGGGGAUGUGCUGGGCGAGGGUCCUGGGCUCGCGUCUCCCAGCGGAGCGGCGCCCGGCAGCGCACGAAAAGGCCUGGCUGCGAAACGGCAGGAGCGGUUGCAGGGGAACGCAUACACGCCAAACUCGCUCCUAAAGAACGCCUCACUGCGUAACCCCGGUGCCCCUGCGUCGCCGGGUAUGCGGGACUCGCCCUCCUCCUUCCGGCCAUCCACCCUGUCGCAAACGGGGACCGCCACCACAGUGGAAACGACAUUGGUCAGCCCCAACCGCAACAGCAACAACCAGGGCAUCGCCGGGGGCGUGGGAAUGGUGCACGGCUUGCGCGCCAGCUACGACCCCAACGAGGGGCAGGAGGAGCCUGUGCCCUCCACGCGGUACGUGGCGCCGGCAGCGGUGCCGGUGGCACGCGCCGUGCCCCAGCUGGACCUUUCAGACAUGCCGGCAUUCCUGCAGCAGCCGGGGCCUAAGAAUGGGCCGGUGCAGUGCGUCAUCGUGCGCGACCGCGGGUCUGCAAAGAUGUACCCGCGGUACUCGCUGUUCCUGGAGGAGGGGCGGCGCUUUCUGCUGUCAGCGCGCAAGCGGAAGAAGCAGACCACCAGCAACUACAUCAUAUCCAUGGACUACGAGGACCUCAGCCGGGAGAGCGGGUCGUUCUUUGGGAAGGUCCGCGCCAACUUCGUGGGUACGGAGUUCACGGUGUAUGACCGGGGGGUUAAGGCGGGCAAGAAGGACGCCCAGGGCGACGGCCAGCGCGAGGAGCUGGGGGCGGUGACGUACCAGUACAACGUGCUGGGCACGCGGGGGCCGCGCAAGAUGAUGGCGGCCAUCCCCGGGGUGGACGGCAGCGGGCGGCGCAUGUUCAACCCCAGCGGCGACGCGGACACCAUCCUGGAGCGGCUCAAACACCGGAAGGGACUGGAGGAGCUGGUGGUGAUGGGCAACAAGCCGCCGCGCUGGAAUGACGAGCUGAACGCCUACUGCCUGAACUUCAACGGGCGCGUGACGGAGGCGUCCGUGAAGAACUUCCAGCUGGUGUCGGACGACAACCACAACCACGUCAUCCUGCAGUUCGGCAAGGUCGGCAAGGACACGUUCACCAUGGACUACCAGUGGCCCAUCUCCGCGUUUCAGGCGUUCGCCAUCUGCAUGUCGUCCUUUGACAACAAGCUGGCGUGCGAGUAAUGAAGUGGUGAUGCAGCAGUCAGCGGCAGAAUGUGGCUGGGAGUCGCGUGGAGGAGCGCAGAGCGGAGGGUGCUGCAGAUUUUGGAGCCUAAAGUGGACUCGUGAUGGAGCCGGAGGUUGGCCAUCUGGCCGGAGGUACAUCUGGCAGCUGCCAGGGCUUGGGGAGCUUGGGUAGGAAUGCCGCCGUGUGCUGUAAGGCGCAGGUUACAGGCUCGGGAGCUUUGUCUAGACAAAUGAUAGCAACCCGUGCCUACACUUGGGUGUGCAUGGCUGAAGAGCGGUGCAUACGGUAGGACAGAUCAGGGCGUGGCGAUGGGGUGUUAGGUAGCUCGGAGGUAACGGGUGCAGCGGCUUGGGACGGCCCGAUGGGCAAGGUUUGCUGCAUGUACUGCCGACAGGGGCACAAGAAGAAAUUGUAUAAUGUAUGUUCUAGGACAGCUCCGACUAACCCCCAACUAACUCGCGUACGGCACCCUCAGCCGUACAGGAGUUGACUAGGGAGUCGGCAGCUGCGCGAGUGGGAGCGGGUAGUUGUACGGUUGCCCAGCUCGCAAGCUACCUGACUGUCGUGACGCACACGGGCAGUUGCCACGAGUCAGCAGGCGCGCGAGUGGGAGCUGGCACUCAGUAGAGAGCUCACGCGUGUGGGAAGCUGCGGUUGAGCAUAAUGGAGCACGGCGGAGGCUGCCGGUUGGCGCGGCGCGCGAUUGGUAGUGCAUAGUCGCGCGCGUGCGUGCUGUGUGGGAAGCCCCGUGUGUGAGCUACGUGUAAACUCAGAGAGAC